CAUGGCACCAGAAUAAAUACUUAAUAUGUCAUAUAACAAAACUGUAGAUACUUGGUCUUGUGGGAUUGUUCUUUAUAUGCUCUUACAAAAGAAACAUCCUUAUUAUCCUAAAUUUUCUACAAAGAAUUAAUUUAUAUAGAGUUUUCCAAAUAUUUAAUAUGAUGAACCCAAUAAUGCGUCAUCAUUAACAAGAGAUUUCUUGAGGCGUCUAUUAUGCUAUGAUCCUCAUCGUCGUUAUACAGCCUUAUAAGCACUUUCACAUCCAUGGAUCACACGACGUCAUUAAGAUAGUAUUCCUAUGGGUUUAAGAGAAUUUGGUAUUUGUAAACAAUUACAAGAGAAGAUGAUAUAGUAAAUUAAAAUGAUUAUGUUCUUCUAAUACUUAAUAAAGAAUAGUGAAUUAAAUGAACAUCGCAAUCGAUCAGAAAGCCAUUAAGAAAGUUAAACCUAUUCUGAAACUUCUAUACAUAAAUAGAUAUAAAAUAAAACUAAACUCUUAAGACCUUUGGUUUUAAAGAGUCAAACUAAAUUUGAAUAGAAAUAAGAUGAAAUCAAAGGAAAAAUUAGAUUCUCUUAAUUAACAGCAUUGUUAACUUAAUAAAAAAGUGAAGAAUAAUUUUAAUAUUAAUAACAGAUACAAUAAUAAAUAAUAAAUAAAAUAUCUUCAUAACCAGCAUUGGAUUCUCCUAAAAAGAAAUAUCAUGAAAAACAUAAAUUUAGUGUUGAUUGUGGAAAUGAUCUUUAGAUGAUUUAGUUGGUAUCAUCAGUCUCUCCUAUGAAAGGUGAUUCAGAACAUAGUAAAAUUGAAUCACCAAAAAAAUCAUUUAGAAAAUCUUAAUCUUUUUAAAGAUUGAUACUGCCUCAACUUUCAGAAUCUACAUAAAGUUCUAUAAGUCCUGAUAAACUAGUAAAGAAAGAAUCAAAAACCCUUGUAAUGAGAAAAUCCUAAUCCACUUUAUAGAUAUGUUUAAGAAAGAUUCAAUAAGCUAAUGAAUUAUCUGAACAAAAGACAACAAUCAGAUAGAGGAUGGAAACUUAUGAUUAAAAAAAUUAUAGCCAUCGAAUUAUGUAAAAAGCCAACUCUUUAAAUUCAUCUACGAUAUCUCCAAAAAAUAAACUUAUCCAAUAAAUUAUUUAGUAGCAAUAACAACUUAUUCUUCCAUAAUAUAGAAAAAGAUUAUGA